AUGUCCGCCGAGCCCAUCUCCAGACCACCAUGGCCAGGAUCGGCCAUCCACAUUGACGCCCCCAAGCAGAGCCUCCCGCAGCACCGAGACGCCUCCCCCUGCACCAUGCAGGCCACCACCCCGGCCACCACCACCAUCUCUGCACAGGGGACACCCGCGCGCCACAGGUCCCUGCGCCGGCCGCCUCCAACCCGCAGCAGCUACAGGAGCCGGCGAAAGCAACCCAGAGCGGCUGCAGCCACCAGCACCGCCACGCCGGCCACCGUCACCGCCGCCGCCCUCAACCAGCUCCCUCGGCCGCCGCUGGCGCACCGAACAGCCCUUCCACGAAGUAGCCGCCCGAUCCAGCCAGGGCGGCGCCGGAUCUGCGCCCCCCAACCUCCGCCGCCGCAGAGGCCCGCCACCGGCGGCACCUACAGAGGUCGGGCGGCCGCGCCCGCCCCGACACCCACGAGGCAGGGGAAGAGAGGCCGCACCGCCGCCGUCCCCGGCGUCGCCCGGGCUUCCAGGGUCGCCUCGGGUAGCGGCGCGACGGGAGGGACGGAGGGCGGCGGCUAG